AUGAAGAUGGUCUCGGUGCUGCUGCUGCUGAGCAGCCUCCUGGGUACCCCCGCCGUGCCUUCCCAGCGCCCUUCCUGUUACAAGAGGGCCCUCAAGGACCACAGCUGUCACACCAUCCCUGAAAGCAAGGAGAACCUCCGACACGUCGACGAUGGUCUGCGAGAUCACUUCUGGGAAGGGAAGGGCUGUGAGGUGAUCUGUUACUGCAACUUGAAUGAAUUGCUCUGCUGCCCAAAGGAUAUUUUCUUUGGACCAAAGGUAUCUUUUGUGAUCCCCUGCAACAGUCAAUGAUUCAAGUCUGCAAGUGAAGAUAACAGACAUCAUUCUACGAUCAUGUAAUAAAGUUUUCAAGGGAAAAAAUGGAACUACCAACAAAAAAAAAAUCCUUUCUAACCACAAGUCACUGCCUCACUUUACACUGUAGAAAGAAUUUCCUUUCUAUACCUUUAUGGGAUAUCAAAUAUUCAAGAAGUCUUCUUUUCAAAUACGAUAGCUGAGACAAUUUCCAUAAAACCAUUUCCAUGGCUUAACAGACUACAAGCUCUUAAUAUAUCCUAAUAGGCAUUCCCCAGGAAAAAGCAUAACUCUUCUUACUCAGCACAAUAUCCUUAGCUAGUAUGGACCAAGAAACUUCAAGCUUAAGCCUUCAUGUUGUUAGGAACAUGACUCUCAGAGCAACUUAUGGCAGUGAAGCUUCCUAUUCCAUUAUUGCCAUCACACUUUUAAUGCUGUUUUAACCUGAAGCCACUUGGUCCCUGGCACUUUGGAAGAGAGGUUCCCAUGUUCUCUUUAGGCAUCUUAAAAUACAUGCACAUACAAAACACAUUUCCAUAUUUGAAAGUAUUUCACUGGAAUAAAAAAAAUAGUACAAGUUGACAUUAACAGUACUAAAGCACACUUGGGUCUUAUGCUUAACUGAUCACCUGCCUUGACUAUGCAGUCUCUAAACCUUUAAACUGCUUAAUCGUAGCAUUGAACGUGUAAAAAUAUUAGAACAACAGAUUUUUUAAUCAAGCUGUUUGAAAUACAGUACCACAAAAUUAAGUUAAAAUGCUGGCUUUUUUAGGCUAGCCCUGUAAGGCAAUAGCUAUAGAAAACACAGAGAUAAUAGUUUUAAUUUUUAAGAGGUAUUGUGAGAGAUAGAUACGUAUCUGUGAGAUUGUAGAUACAAAGAGACAGAAAUUUUUGACUGUUUUUGUUAUAUGGCAAUCUGUAUUGGCAGGUGCUGAGAGGUGACCACAUAAUUUUAAGCAGAGUAACCUUGUACAAGCCAGGCUUACAGGCAGCAAGCCUGACUUGCUGCCUUACACAUAUACAGUCUUUAGCUAUCAAGUCAGUCACAUGGGAAGUGUGCAGUACUGAAGGAACUGUGCAGUCCUGUCUAUCCAAAAAAUUCAGUGUUCAUCUCAUAAUCUUACACAUUGGACCAAACUUCUACCACCAGUUUACCACACUUACUUCAUGUGUCAGUAUGAAAUAUCGUGACUGUUUUUUCUUCUUGUUAGUAAACAAGGGUUGGAUAUUGGGUGAGGGGGUGAUUAUACACAGCCAAUAAUAAAUGUUUCAAGUAAAUCUGUGUGUAUUAUUUUUGCCCUAGUGACUGUUAAACCGUUUGCGCCACCAGGCUUUUCAAGCCUCAUUUGUGAAAUUAUUCAAGCAAAUUAGAGUAAUUUGGACUUCUUACCAAAUAACUGAUAGUAAAACCCCAUAAAUCUGGCAACCCAGUGAAAAUACCUGAAGUCAGUGCUCUGCAAAAAAAAACUUAUGGUAUGUGCUGUUGUGUAAAGUCCUCUACAAGCUUUUAGGGUAUGUUAACUUCUGUUGUUCGUGCCAUCUAGUUUCUACAAGAAUCAUGUUGCAUACACCUGGCAUUCACAGCUUUGUAAAGCAGCAGUAAGAAAAAAAUUUCAGGCAGAUAGAAAGCUGGGUACUGAAGCUAGUGGCUUUCAGUUACCUUUCUUCCGUGACUCCUGGAAAAUCCACAAUCCACUGGAGCAAAAUUUUGCCGCUUUCCACGUGCAGCAAGAUAGGGUCACUGAAGUUACAAUACUUUUAGACUGACUUUCCAUAGAAACUUGCUUUUGUUUCUUUCCCCACUCUACUUCCCUCACACAGCUUCUUCUACAGGUCCUGCCAGACCUAGGUGGGAACAUUCAACCCUGUCAGGCACUCAGAAAAAAAUUCUCUAUCCUUUAGAUGUCCUAUCCAUGACUAUGUUCCCUGGCUUUUUAUGCGACUUGCACUUUUGAAGGCAAGAAGCUUGAAUGUGUGCAAAGGACAUUUAGUAAACAAAUUGACUGCCCCUGUAGUGAAAUGGGCAUGAAAACAUAUUGUCAAAGGAGCACCAAUUUUAGCUGUCACUAGCUAGAUAUCACUGUCUUGAACUUAGGCCAGCACUGCAGAACUGUAUUGUGGAAAUACAUAAAGCAGUACAAGUAAAAGAAAUCAUAGCACUGAGAGAUACUGGGAAAGCAGCCAGUUUGAGGUUAGGGUUUAUCAUCAUUCAGCUCUAUGCAAGUGUCACAGGUCAAAAAAAGCAAAGUGAAGCAUUUCAGUUGUAGUGAUUCCAGCAGAGUAGUAAUUUUCAAAAAAACUUGAAAGACUAACAUCAGGCAGAUUUGAUCACAGACAUACAGCUUUCUCAUUUUUCCCAAUUUAAAAAAAAGCUUAUAAACAUCUGAUAAGGUUAGGAGUUGCAAUGAAUGCUAACUGAACAAGCUGAAGCCAUAGCCUCCUCAGCUUUAAGAUGAAAGCUAUUUUCCCUCAGCUUUUUAUUCAUCCUAUGUGCACAGCUUUAAGCAGAAAGAAAUCAUAUUCCAUACACCACACAUUUAGACUGGCACAAUAGUUGACAAUACAAGAAGUCAUUCAUAAUACCAUCUUCAACACCAGAAUUUUCUAAGACAAUCAAUUAAAAGCCUAAGUAAUGCUGGAUAUUAUUCUCCAUAAGUUACCAUUAGUUUUGGGUUUAUUGAGAGGGGGUUGCUCCUUUUGAACAGGCCUGAGCUAAUCCAUGCAAUGAAAAAGAGACAGUGUGCCCGUCAGAAGAGACUGUAUUGACCCCACACAGGCUCCACUCCCAUUCUCCAAUUAAGUUCUUAGCAGCAGUCCACGCAGACAAAUGGAGAAGUCAGCAGGUAAAGGAUUUCUUACCGAGUCAAAGGAUUUCUCAGCACAGUAAGCUGCAGCAGCCUCUUCAUCUGUACUUACAGCUUUGAAAUUCAAGAGCUGCACUUUUUUCCAUUUUAAUAUAGGAGCAGGAAGGCCUCAGUGCUUGGAAGCAUGGAUCUCCACAAUGACAAACUGAAUAAAUCAGAAAAUCUUCCAGUUCUCGUUUCCAAAGAGGGGGGGGGAAAAGUGUUAUUCAGACAUUUCUGCCCAGCUAAGAACAGAACAGACAAUUCAAGCCUUCUAUUUUAGGAAAAAGAACCUAUUGUCAAGACUGCUACAGCUUUUUCUUUUAAAGGCAUUGCAUCAUGAGCACUUGAGGUACAUUUGUAAAUAUAUCCUUGGUACAUUUUAAUUGAAAAAUAUUUUAAAAUUAUUACAUAGUUCACCAAAGCUUAGCUAUUAGGUA